AUAUAACUGCACUACAGACCCAUAUCAACUGGUGUUGAAAGAAAUGAACGUUGUGCUGGGCAAACCAGGUUCAGUUGGUGGUUGAAUUUCCAAAACUUAACGCAUGUGGUGUUGCAGCUAAUUCCCAGGACACGCCUCAAAAGUUGGUGGAAGUGUUCAUACCUUCUACUGUGGUGCCGGCGGUUGAAGCAUUAUCUUGGUUUUUAACCAUUUAAAAGCAUCCCAGCGUUGUAUUCCGAUAAGUCUCGUUCACUGUGGUUUGUCUCGUCUUGGUGACUAGCUUGUAUACGCAUUCAAUGGGAUUGUACUCAGCAGUGGUGUCGACGGUGAACGAACGUGUUUUCCGCUGGAAGGGUUCAGUUCUGGUAUACCCACCGGUACUACUUGUCGGUCUUAUCGUCCGGUUCACCUUAUCUGAAAAGGUCAUUGAUAACAUAAGAACGAACAUCUUUCCUGAGGAUAACACGUUCAACAUUAUAUUUGCAAACCAUUCGUUUCAAAUAUUUACCAUAUUGUGGUUAAUGAUAUUCUUUAUGCAUGUUUUGAAGGAUUUCACCAGAUCCAAGUUUCAAUCCUUGUUACCAACUGCUAUUCAGCAUACUCAUGAUACUGUGCCGUUUAAAUCAAAAUCUAUUAGGGCAUGGCAGCUGAUACUGUGCUUCUUUCUGAAGUACUCACUCACUUUGGCAAGUAUUGUGGGAAUCUUAACACUACGGCAUUACAUCCAGGAGACUUAUGGAAUGAACAUAUCUGGUCAUUACAUUAGUAUUGUGACUUUAAGCAUAACGAUCAUUUGGGAAACUAGAAGCUCUAUAAGCGAUGCUGAUAUUUUAGAAUUAGAGAAUAGCGACGGUUUAGAUAAACGUACCCUCCUCAUAUACGCGUUCCUGAGCGGGGUUCUGUUGUUGUGUGCUUCAAUUUUAGCCAUCUGGUUAUUGGUUCUCUUUGUCACAGCUGUGUUUUAUCACACAGCUGUUGAGAAGUUAAUUGGACUCAUAUGGGGCUAUGUAACACCCUUGUUGAUUUUUCACGGACUUUCGUAUCUUAAUAUUGACCCUUAAUUUGAUAAACUAGUGU